CUUGCUAGGGUUUUUUUUCUUGACUUAGAGAGAUUGAUUGAUUGGGCCGAGUUGGGUCCAUCUCUCUAAUCCUUUAUGUGAGAGAUUUAUCUGUAUCUUUACUUUUUAUUUCUUAUGACCUAUAUAUCAAGCCUCACUUUCACAUAAAUCUCAUGAAUUACGUUACUUAAUUUACACUCCAAAUAUUUGUAAUGAUAAAAAAAAGUCUAAACCCUUUUAACUCAAAACCUCCAACCUAGUAAAAGGAAGAAAAGAAUCGGACCCAAGGAGCUAAGAGCUUAGGUAACCCGACACGCCUAUCUCUCAAGUUGAAUUUGGGAAUUGUAGAAUUUUUUUCAAUUAAAGUAGAGAGUCUUCAAAGCUCAACAAAAGAAGCAAUCUUUUAACAAAAAAAAAGGCAAAGCUUUUCAAUAACAAAAUGUUAGCAAUAGAGAAGAUGUGAACCACAAUUUGGGGAGGCAACAAAUAAUAAUUUGGGUAUUCCGUGGAAUUAGUAUACACCCAAGCUGGCACGCAGGAUGCCGCGGUUAUCAAAAAAGAAUCAGUGGAAUUAUUGAUCAGGUGAGCUCAGGGUGUUACUUACAAUUGAGUUUAAUUGUUAUUGGUUGGAAUUUGACUCUAUUUUCUAGGUCUGUUUGCUAUAGCUAAGCGAUUCUAGUCCGAGUUGUAUGACGUCAAGGCCAAAGUCCAAAUGGUCCUUUGGAUGCCCGUAAAUAAUGCCCCGUACAAUCAAAAUGUAUGAAAUUAAAUAGUAGUUCAUUAUCCUUAAACCCGUAGUUAUAGUUUGUAUGGCGUGAAAGCCCGAGAUCAUGUAUAAUGAAGAAAAUGCAUUCCGAUAUUCCUUAACACCAUAGUCUGAGGUAAGAGUAAGGAUUGCGUACACUAUAUCCUCCCUAUUAACUUUGUGGGAUUACGCUGAGUAUGUUGUUGUUGUAUGUGAAUCAUAGAACCUAUUGAGGAUGUCCAUAAGUAUUUCCUAUUGGAAAUGAGUUGCCAUGGGCUUAAUAAAAAAGAAAAUGUGACCGUACAAUUUCUUAAAGGUAUUCAAAUUUUAAAAAAUUUCAUCUAAUUGUUUAGAAAAGAUAAAUCUAGAAAAUUUCACGAUUUCAUCAACUUACUAGCACACUUGCGGCUUACCGAGGAUACGACACUAGCUAGGAAGAUAUGGAGGAUGGAGAUUAGGGUAGAGAUUAGUAGGUAGUCGAGCGUUGUCUAGUUACUUAUUUGUGUUGUUAUUGUUACUUUCCUACUACCGUAUUCUUUGACUUUAGUAUUACCUAUCUUUUCAUUGGUUCGACUUUCAUAUUAUUUGUUGUUGCUAUUAUUUUCUUCUUCACUGUUUUCAGCAUGAAUUAUCCGCUGAUGUAUUUGCUUCACAUAUUUGAUUUUGUUAUGCUUUAUUUGAGACGAGGAUCUAUUGGAAACAACCUAUCUACCUUCACAAGGUAAGGGCAAGGUUGCGUGCACCACCCUCCUCCCUACACCCACAUGUGGGAUUAGAUCGGGUAUGUUGAUGUUGUUACUAUUUACUGAGAAAUCAUAAAUUAGAAAUUUUCAAGCAGAUGAAAUUACUUGUCAAUUGGCAGCGGCCCCAUGUAAGCAAUAAAUGGGUGAAGUACUUUAUGAAUUUCCAAUUUGUUUGGUGCCUUGGUUGUGGUUGUGGUGUCUAGUUUGACAAAAUAACUUAGUGAAUACAUAAACUGGCAUGGUUGUAAAAAAAGGGAUCAAUUAGUUUUCUCAGAUUGUUUUCUAGUGGUUCGAUGAUCGUCUUGGAGCUUGGAAAAAUAAAAUUCAAAAAACUGAUAUUGUAAGCAUCUAAGUCAAACCAACAACAAUUAAAAAUACUCAAUUGUAAGUAACACCACCAAGAAAUCAGAUUUUACCCAAUCAACAUCCAGCUGGUCUGUGUUAUCAUUUGACGGCUCCACAAUGCUCUUUCCUAAUUUAAUUAAAAAUUAAGGCUGGUUAUAAAGCAAAAUAGCGAGAGAAGACUUAGGAUGUAGCUGGUGAAAUAGUCAAGGUGCAUAAACACAAACACAAACACAAACACAAAAACAGAUGCACAAAACAUAAAAAUACCUUUGGAGAUCUGAUUAAGCUUUUGGGUUGCAUCAACUCCACUGCUACUAAGAUUUUGAUUGAAAAGAUCAACAUCUAACUUUGGAAUUGCAAUAGAUUUCAUCUUCUUCUUCUGUUUCUGUAUCUCUGGAGCAGAAAUACUAUCUGCUAGUUUUUCCCUCAUUCUUAGUUUUUUGUGUCAUCUUUCUUUGGACAGAUUAAUGGUUUCUCAAUUGCUAACUAUUGAUUGAAGAGACUCAAUAUUUUAUGAUUUGCAAAAGAAAAUGCUAAUUGGAGGAGGGCAGGGAAUUUUUUGUUAAUCAGGUGCUAUUAUUGAGUUGCGAUUGCUUAAAAAGAAUCAAUUGAAUCUCAGUAAAAGGAAAGAGUGUACCUGCGCCGCUCCAUGAUCGGAUGCGGAAGCUUGUUUUCUGGGGUUUCUUUUUCUAUUAAAAAAAGGUUUUAAUUUUAUUUAUUAAUCAUCACAAUUUAUGCAACACAAUUAUUAAUUGAAGGGUCUAAUUAACGCAAAUAUCAGAUAGUUAGACUAUAACAAAUUAGGAUCUUUUUUUACGGUAAAAAAGAAGAGCAUUAUAAAUAGAUGAUAACACCUGCAAAACUGAGGUAAAAAAACACAGAAAGAAACAAAUACCCUAGAAGUUGAGGAGGAGAUACUAAUUUCUUUCUUUGUUAGGAAUCUUUCUUUGUGUCAUAUUUGGAGCUUCUUCUAUGUGAAGGUGUACCUCUUGUCAAUUUACAGAAAUAUCCUUCUUUACACCACAAUUUAUGGUGUCUCUAUUUUUAGAAGUGCAAAUAUAACUAUUAAAAAGUUACCUUUUAAAUAACAUUAGAUUUUGUCUCAUGUUAGUUCAAAAGUUUCCCAAUCUAACUGUUAAAUUAUUACAUUGUCAUUUUCUAGCAUCUUCUCAUUCUAUUUUCCAUUUACUCAAAUGGAAUCUUUAGAUGAUGAUAUGACAAGGAAUGAUAAAUUGCAAGAAAUAAUAAAGAGGCCAUUUAUCAAACAGUUGUCCUUGCGAAAUUUCUCCUUUUUGUCAUGAUAAUUUAUUAUUCCCAUCCUAAAAUCAUUGGCAUUAUAAUGCUCUUCUUUUUUACAGUAAAAAGAAUUCCUAAUUUAUUACGAUCUAACUAUCUAAUAUUUGUGUUAAUUAGGCCCGUCUAUUAAUAAUUGUGUUGCAUAAAUUGUGAUAAUGAAUAAAUAAAACUAAACUUUUUUUCAAUAGAAAAUGAAAACCUAGAAAACAAGCUUGCGCAUCCGAUCAUGGAGCGGCGCAGGUACACUCUUUCCUUUUAUUCCAACUGAGAUUCAACUGAUUUUUUUCAAACAAUCGCAGCUCGUUAAUAGCACCUGAUUAACAAGAUAAUCCCUGCCCUCCUCCAAUUAGCAUUUUCUUUUGCAAAUAAAAAAGAUUUAGUCUCUUCAAUCAAUAGUUAACAAUUGAGAAACCAUUAAUUUGUCCAAUUAAAGAUGACACAAAAAACUAAGAAUGAGGGAAAACUAGCAUAUAGUAGUUCUGCUCCAGCAGAAACAGAAGAAGAAGAUAAAAUCCAUUGCAAUUCCAAAGUUAGAGUUUGUUCUUUUCAAUCAAAAUCUUAGUAGCAGUGGAGUUGAUGCAACCCAAAAGCUUAAUCAGAUCUCCAAAGGUAUUUUUAUUGUUUUGUGCAUCUGUUUUUGUGUUUGUGUGUGUUUAUUCAACUCGACUAUUUCACCAGCUACAUCGUAAGUCUUCUCUCUCUAUUUUGCUUUAUAACUAGCCUUAAUUUUUUCAAUUAAAUCAGGGAAGAGCGUUGUGGAGCCGUCAACUGAUAACACAAACCAGAUGGAUGUUGAUUGGGUCAUGGCAAUUCACUUCCCAGAGGUAAUACUUAUGGACAUCUUUAGCAGGUUACCUGUGAAGUCUCUACUUCGUUUCAAAUGUGUGUCAAAAUUUUGGGAAACGUUGAUCUCCGAUCCAUACUUUAAGAUGAAGCAUCUAAAUCGUGCCAAGAAUGAUCAAGAUUCUCAAAAACUUCUUACUAGCCUAAGGUGCCGUAAUAGUCGUAUGUUUUCCAUGUAUUGUUGUCCUUUGUCGCCGGUUCAGCUGGUUGAGGGUGUACAAAAACUCAAUUUCCCUUCAAACUAUUCGGUAUCGCGCUGCAAAAUCCAUUGUUGUUAUGAUGGCUCCGCUGUUAUGGAGGUUCCUGGUAAUUUGAAUGAAGACACCGCAUUUUUGCUGUGGAACCCUUCCACUGGAGAAUCAAUUGUACUUCCUUCUCCAGAAUUCCCACCAAACAAAAGUCCUUGUUUUGGUUUGGGAUAUGACUCAACCAGUGGCGAGUAUAAGAUUGUUCAGAUUUAUCAGGGUUUGGAUUUACCUUGUGAAAUUCUUGCGCUGAAAGGUGGCUCUUGGAGAAGAAGUGAUAAGCAUCCUCAUGGCAUAUACUGUCUGAUGUUUGCUAUGCAGUUUUUGACAUUUGUACAUGCAGCAUUUCAUUGGAUCAGUAUGUCACGAAAUUAUUCUGUGGUGCUUUCGUUUAGUAUUUCGAAUGAAGCAUAUGGAGAGAUUCCCUUAACGGAGGAAAUUUCACGUCCGGGGGCUGUUAUUGGCAUUACAGUUUUGGAUGGAAUGCUUUCUGUUCAUUCUAAUUGUCGUUAUGAUCAGAGUAACCGUACUAUUAAGUUAUGGGUAUUGAAAGAGUAUGGUAUCAAGGAAAAUCUUGGAUUCCAUUGUUAUCUACCGAAGAUCGUUAUAUUGCUUUUGCUAUACCGAAAUAUAGAUUUGCAGAUGGCGAAGUGCUAUUCAGGUGCACAGUUGUGGGUUCAUUAAGGACACGUAGUGGACCAUUUGGAGCAUGGUCUGAAGGUCAUACCUUUAUAGAGGCACAUGCUUUUACAGAAAGCUUGAUUUCUCCAAGGUCACUUGCUUAUUAGUUUCUUGUGUGUGAUUGAGACUCUCUUUUUCUUCUUUUCUCGUUAUGUUACAACUCUCAUACUCUUCUCAGUUUAUCACCAGUUUUUGGAGUACAAUGUCAUCUUUAGCUGGCAGGUCUGGGGAGCAAGAUAUUAGUACCAGCAGAUAUCUUGGAGAAAGAAGUGUUUGUCUAUCCAUAUGUGGAGUACUCGGCUUGAAAUAAACCAGAUAUGUUUUAAUGGAGAAAGAAGUGUUCGUCUAUCCAUAUGUGGAGUACUCGGCUUGAAAUAGACCAGAUAUGUUUUAAUGGAGAAAGAAGUGUUCGUCUACAUGCAGUGUAAGGAACAGAGGUUUCCAAAGCUUGUUGAUUAUGAGAAAAUUGAUAAGAGUGCAUUGCUUCUGUUACCAGCAAGAAUGACAUUUAUUUUUCUAAUAUUCCCUAGCACAGUGACUGAAAUUCUCACAAACGAUAAUUUGAAUGUACAUCUUGUUAUAUUACUUCAGGAGCUCACCACUCUUGUGAGAUAAUGAUAGUUUCUUGUUGUUGUUAGUUAAUUUGGUUGAGAUUUUGAUGUUAUUUGAUGACUUAAAGUAGGUUGGUCGUAAUGAAGACCUUUAACACCUUAUUGAUGCUUUUGUUUGUAUGGUAUGUUAAGGCUUUCAUUCUUCUUUU